AUGACCUCGUCGGCAUCGACGGAUCUGGGCGGUCAGCAGCACCGUAAGGUUUUCAUGAUUUUUUUUGAACUUAUUCUGAACCACUGGAACCAAAAAAUCAACGAUUGCGAGAGGGGGCCGGUUGAGCGUGGCAAAUCGUGUUGUUGGGCUCGUCGGAGAGUUGUACAGUUUCGGUAUGAACUCCUGAUUCUGCCUCUUGUUUUUUUCUUCUAUUUUCUCCUUCAGCGAGUGGUGACGCGACGAAGUAGCGCGAUCGAAGCAUUGGAAUUAGCGGCAGAACUGGAUGUGCGUCUGCAACAGUGGUACUGCUGGGACUGGGAAACCGGUGAUACUCUGAGCAGAUGCGGUUUGCAGCAGCUAUUGGCGGAGUGCAUGCGGUUUCUGCGUGGGUUUCGGCUGAGAAUGGAGGGAAGCAGAAGAAUCUGA